GCCCCGGCCUCGGAGGGGAGGUUUCCUACGAGGCUACUUGGCUGGCCCGCCGGCAGGGUGGCGUUUCUAGUCGACGGAGCAGCAGCCCCAGCCACGGCGGGAGAGAACCACCAUGUCUGGGAUUGCCGCUAAAGUCGCAAAGGACCGGGAGGUCGCCAAAGGGCUGGGCUCCAACAAAAGAGCCGUCAAAUACUUAAACCAGGACUUCCAGAGGCUGAGGGAAGAGCUCCUGGAGGCAGGGAAGCUCUUCCAAGACCCCUCUUUCCCUGCGGCUGCCUCUUCUUUGGGGUACCAGGAACUGGGGCCAAACUCCUACAAAACGAAGGGCAUCGUCUGGAAGAGACCGACGGAAUUAUGUUCCAAUCCUCAGUUUAUUGUUGGAGGGGCCACCCGGACAGAUAUCUGCCAGGGAGCUUUAGGCGACUGUUGGCUUCUGGCAGCCAUUGCUUCUCUCACUUUGAAUGAUGAAGUUUUGGCUAGAGUUGUCCCAAGUGAUCAGAGUUUCCAGGACAGAUAUGCAGGGAUCUUCCAUUUCCAGUUCUGGCAGUAUGGAGAAUGGGCAGAUGUGGUGGUUGAUGACCGAUUACCUACCAAAGAUGGAGAACUCCUCUUUGUUCACUCAGCAGAGGGGAGUGAGUUCUGGAGUGCCCUGUUAGAAAAGGCUUAUGCCAAAAUAAAUGGAUCAUAUGAGGCACUCUCUGGGGGAAGCACUACUGAAGGCUUUGAGGACUUCACUGGUGGAAUUGCAGAAUGGUAUGAGCUGCGAAAAGCACCACCGAACCUCUUCAAAAUCAUCCAGAAAGCUCUUCAAAAAGGUUCCCUCCUUGGAUGCUCCAUUGACAUCACAAGUGCUGCUGAGACAGAGGCAGUCACAACACAGAAGCUGGUCAAAGGACAUGCAUACUCGGUAACGGGUGCAGAAGAGGUCAAUUGCCGAGGAAGGUUGGAGAAGCUGAUCAGAAUUCGAAACCCCUGGGGUCAAGUAGAAUGGACUGGAAAAUGGAAUGAUAACUGUCCAAGCUGGAAUAAUGUUGAUCCUGAAGUGAGAGACAGACUAACCAGGAAACAUGAAGAUGGUGAAUUUUGGAUGUCAUUUACUGAUUUCCUGAAGCAUUAUUCUCGCCUUGAGAUCUGUAACUUGACUCCAGACACUCUGAGCAGUGAUAAGUACAAGAAGUGGAGCCUGAAUUUGAAGGAUGGGAAUUGGAGAAAAGGAUCCACCGCUGGUGGAUGCAGAAAUUAUCCCGAUACAUUUUGGAUGAAUCCACAGUAUUUGAUUAAACUUGAGCAGGAAGAUGAAGAUCCAGAUGAUCCUGAGAAAGGUUGUACCUUCCUGGUUGGCCUGAUUCAGAAACACCGUAGGAAGCAACGGAAGAUGGGAGAGGAUAUGCAUACCAUAGGUUUUGCCAUCUAUGAGGUACCUCAUGAGUACUUGGGACAAACCAACGUCCAUCUGAGCAAAAACUAUUUUCUAACUAAUCGGGCGAGGGAAAGAUCAAACACAUUCAUCAACCUCCGAGAAGUGUUAAACCGUUUCAAACUCCCCCCAGGGGAAUACAUCCUUGUGCCAUCCACUUUUGAGCCAAACAAGAAUGGGGAUUUCUGUCUCCGAGUCUUCUCUGAAAAGAAUGCAGAUUCGCAAGUUGUUGAUGAUGAAAUUGAGGCCAAUAUUGAAGAGAAAGAAGUCACUGAAGAUGAAAUUGAACCCAAUUUUAAGAAACUCUUUGGGCAGUUAGCUGGAGGGGAUGCAGAGAUCUCAGCCUUUGAACUGUGUAAUAUUCUGAAAAAGGUCAUGGCCAAACGCCAAGACAUUAAAUCUGAUGGUUUCAGCAUUGAAACAUGUAAAAUCAUGGUUGACCUAUUAGAUACCGAUGGAAGUGGUAAACUGGGGCUGAAGGAAUUUCAUAUACUUUGGACCAAGAUUCAGAAAUAUCAGAAAAUUUAUCGGGAAAUGGAUGUUGAUAAUUCCGGAACCAUGAACUCCUAUGAGAUGCGGAAAGCUUUACAACAAGCAGGAUUUAAACUGGAUUGUCAGCUGCACCAAAUCAUUGUGGCCCGUUUUGCAGACGAUCAGCUAAUAAUUGAUUUUGACAAUUUUGUUAGAUGUUUGAUUCGACUGGAAACCUUGUUCAAGAUAUUUAAGAAACUGGAUACUGAGAAAAACGGAUCGGUACAGAUGAAUCUUGCCACUUGGGUGUGUUUUACUAUUAUAUGAAGAAGCUAUGGAUCUCCAUUGAAGCUGUUUCUGGAACAUGAGCAACAAUUUCAGACUGAUAUUCAACAUGCAAAAACGAAGACGUUCCAAGACUACUGUUAAGAACAAAGCUGCUGAAGGAGAAGAAAUGUAUUUCUAAAAAUGAAUGCAUGGUGGAAGUUGGCACCUUCAGUAUAUAAGCUUUAAUUUAAAAAUGUAUUUCUAUUAUAUUUGCUUAAGAUUUUUCAUUUAGAAAAAGUAAUUUUAAAUUAAACCUUAAUGCAGAUAUUUAAGAAACUGGCAAAUGGCAAGUAGCUGUUACCUUAUGAAGAAGAGGUAUAACCUUUAAUUCUUCCUUUACAAAUUAGGCAUUAUAAAUACUAAACAUCUGAAGAAGCAUUCUGAUGCUGGUAGUGAAACAUAUUGCAAAAUUUUCAACCUCAGUUUAGAAUGGUUGAAGACCAGUGCUCAGAUCAAGCACAUAUCCAUAUUGAAUGAACGGCAUUUCCCUUGCCACAGAACUAUAAGAUGAUGAAAAUUACAAUGUUCUGUAGUUUUUAUAUUCUUCAAAUUACAUUUAAGUCUUAAGUGCUGUCUAGAUAUGAGCCCAAAGUACUUUGUGACCCUUCGACAGAAGUUCCUUUCCCCAACCCUCCCUCGCUGGCACAUCCACUUACCAGCUAGCGCAUGCUGCUCUGUCCCUCCCCAUCAUGCGAUCACCUCCUCCAGCAGCUGGCCACUCAGAUGAGGCAAGGCAGGAAUUCCUGCAGCACUGCCUUGGAGUGGCCAGCUGCUGGAGGAGAUGGAGAAGGGAUGUCUGGGCUCCUGCCCAGAUGGGAAGAUUAUGUGAUAGUGAGGGACACUGCACCACAUGCUGGCUAGUGAGUGGUGGAGCCAGUGAGGAGAUGGGAGAAAGGAAUGUGCAGUUGUGCUGCUGUGUAGACAACCUAUGAUGAAAGGGCACAAAGUACUUUGUGCUCAUCUCUAAUGCCAGUCUUUAAAAUGUGGAAUAUGAGUUCUUGAAUCAAAUUAGCUAUCAGAUCAAUCUGAUAAGAAAGACCACUGUACAACUCAAAUAAAAUAAAGAGAUUUGCACUUGUUCAUCAUGCAACAAAAUUGCUGCCAGAUUCAUCGGCAUCUGCUGUGAUUUAAUGACCGAAAGUAGGUAUAAUUAGAAAAUGUGCUAUGUUGUAGGAGAAACAGACAACUAAAUUAUGUAACGGCAUUCCCUUUUCACUAGUGACUUAAUGCAGGACAUUUUUAAAACAGCUUUCAGAAAAUCAGCCAAGCUAAUAACUGCAACUACUGAGAAUUGAAUAAAUUUCUUGGGAUUACAUAA